GUCUCAAUGGUGUUAUUUUUAGUUUUACGACACAAACUGUCAGAGAUGUGAACAGUUUUUUCAUUCUUGAAUUUAAAAUUGAAGAAAGGUUAGUCGAUAGAGAACCAAAUAAAUAUAUUCUUGAAGUCAAGCAUGAUUUGGACAACACUUACUUUGCCAAUAAAACUAAUGCUAUAAAUCAAACAAUAAGAUUAACCACUGCGAUUUUGAUUGAUGUAAUUGAUUAUGAACCUCCCUGA